AUGUCUCAAAGAAUUGAUUCUCCUGCACCAAAGAAAGCUUGCAAGAGUAUGGUGAAACCUAUUAAAGUCACAAUUGUUGGCGAGCCAAUUCUAAGAGAACCUGAAAGAGUUGAAACUUCAACUAGUGAACCUUUUGAAAUACCGAUUCAGACUCCACCAAGAUCCCCAAUUCUACAAUCGGUGUCGAUUCAUACUGAAGAAGUUCUACAUCAAACUCCUCCACAACAACAUCAAACAGUUCAAGAACCAAGAUCUACAUCAAAGAGAACUUCAACACCAAGGCAAUCACAACACUCAGCAGAGUUUAAUAAGAUGUUUAGUGAUAUUCUGGUGUUUGGUUCUAGACCGGUGAGCUUAGAAGAUGUUCCUGAUAUGUCGUUCUUCGAUGAAAAUAGAAUAAAGGUUGUGGAAGACAGAGUUUCGAAGUUAGUGAAAGAUAAAGCUUCUUCAGAUGAGAAGAUUAAAAAUUUAGAAGUAGAGAAUGUGGUUUUGAAGAAUGAAGUUCAAGCAUUGAAUGAAAAGGUUGCAGGUCUUGAAGCUGAUAAUGUUGCACUGAAUGAAGUAGUUCAAGGCGUAGUAACUACAAAUGAACAACUGUCUACUUCAAACACUAUGUUGACAUCAGAGAAUGAAAUAUUGAAGAAAACGGUUAAUGACCAUGAAGCAGACAAGAAGCUGAAAUCAAAACAUACCGAGAUGCUAUAUGUUGUAUUUGAAAGCAAGAUGGGAACAAGCAUUGAGGCUGAAUUCGAUCAAGUUGAAAUCCAAAGAGCUGAGGCUCGGAGGAUAGAACGAGAAAAGAAAGCAGCUGAGGAAGCAGCAAAGGCAGCUAAAGACAAAGAUGAUGAUGUGGAAGAAGAAGAGGAAGAAGAUUUCAGAGCCAUCGAUUAUUACAAAGAUAGUGAUGACGAUGAUGAUGAUGAUCAAGUUGAUGAUGGUAAUCUUCAGAUAGUUAAACGUUCUGGUGAUCAACAGGUGAUGAAUUAUUUAGAUAAUGCAUAG